AGCCUGAGGGGGUCGGGGAUGAGCCCGGGGAGACCGGGGAAGCUUUGACGGCGCUGGGGGCGCUGCGGCCUGACUGUGCCUACCCCCUUGCUCCGCGCCCUCGCUCUCUAUAAAAGCCCGUUUUCAUGGAUUUUCUCCCCCGGGAAGGAGCCUCGGCCUCCUCCCCGCCCGCUGAGUGCCCGCGUUGUUGCUUUUCCCGCAGGUUUAGCGAGGAGGGGGCGCGGCGGAGAAGACAGAAACUGGAUGGCUUCUACGGUGAGCCUGAGCAAGGAAACGUUGUUGGAAGAUGGAAUGCCACCUGCAAAGAAGCCCAGGAAGCUGUUGCCAAGCCUCAAAACCAAGAAGCCUCGGGAACUCGUUCUGGUGAUUGGGACAGGAAUUAGUGCUGCAGUUGCUCCCCAGGUCCCAGCACUGAAGUCUUGGAAGGGGCUGAUCCAGGCCCUCCUGGAUGCUGCUAUUGACUUUGAUCUCCUGGAAGAUGAAGAGAGCAAACGGUUCCAGAAGUGUCUCCAUGAAGACAAGAACUUGGUUCAUGUUGCCCAUGACCUUAUCCAGAAGCUGUCUCCGCGCACAAGCAACGUUCGCUCAACCUUUUUCAAGGACUGUUUAUACGAGGUGUUUGAUGACCUGGAGUCUAAAAUGGAAGAUUCUGGGAAGCAGCUGCUUCAGUCUGUGCUUCACUUGAUGGAAAACGGGGCCCUUGUGUUAACCACGAACUUCGAUAACCUGCUGGAGCUGUACGCAGCGCACCAGGGGAAGCACCUCGAGUCUCUUGACCUGACUGAUGAAAAGAAGGUGCUGGAGUGGGCGCAGGAGAAGAGGAAGCUCAGUGUGCUGCACAUCCAUGGCGUCUACACCAACCCCAGCGGCAUCGUCCUGCACCCCGCCGGCUACCAGAACGUGCUGCGCAACACUGAGGUCAUGGCCCUGUUUUUAGAGGCUGUCAAGCACAAGUCAGACCUGGAGCACUUCAUGCUGGUGCGGAGGGGGGAUGUGGAUGAGUUCAAGAAGCUCCGUGAGAACAUGCUGGACAAGGGGAUCAAGGUGAUUUCCUACGGGGACGAGUACACCGACCUGCCCGAGUACUUCGAGCGGCUGACGAGCGAGAUCGCCAUGCGGGGCCGCACAGGUGUGCCCAAGGAGGGGCAGCAGCUGAACGGCUCCAUGGCUGCCCACGCCGAGAGAAAAGGAUGCAGCACCUGAGCCUCAGCCCUGCCCUGAGCUGUGGGGGGCUCCCAGGAUGGGCCCAAGCCAGGCCAGCAGCCCCAGGGGGGCCAGAGCCCACGGAGCCAGGACCCUUCCAGCAGGGAAGAGGCUGGGCAGAGCCUCCUUGGACAGACACCUGGUUUA